AUGAAUGACGGAAUAGAGUCAAGGUUUAAUGAUAGAGUGGUGGAACUACUGAAGUUGAGCUCAAGUUUGGUUCCUAAAGAUGGGUAUAAGACGUUCGACAUUGCUGCUAUCUGUAAGCUUGCAAAGGAGUAUUAUCCUCUUGAUUUUUCAGAAGAGGAAAUGGAUACAUUAGAGUUCCAGUUGGGGCUUUUUCGAAUUGAAAUUCCUAACCAUUCUUCUUUGCUGAAGCUAUCGUCUAUUUCUGAGUUAUGUCAGGGAUUAACAAAGACAGAGUUGUCAAAGGACUUCUAUCUUGUUGACAGGCUGAUUCGUCUUCUCCUCACUCUUCCAGUUUCUACUGCUACAGGUGAACGUGCAUUUUCGGCUAUGAAGAUAGUGAAGAAUAGACUGCGAAACAAGAUGAAUGAUGAAUUUCUUGCUGAUAGUUUAGUUAUUUAUAUUGAAAGAGUGAUAGCUAAAAGUUUUAGUUUAGAUGCUAUUUUGAGUGAUUUCAAUGAUCUCAAAGAACGUCGUGUACUUCUUAAAUAA